CUCGAGAUGGGUCCGUCGCCGCCAUUGUGCAUCGCUGCUCCCAGCGGAGGGUUCCGGCUGUGGCCAGUACCUCGGCGUCUCCGCGUCGCCCGGCAGGUCCGGGGCUCCGGUCCGUGCCGGUGCAGGCGCCGGCAUGUGGCUGUGGGAGGACCAGGGCGGCCUCCUGGGCCCCUUCUCCUUCUUGCUGGUGCUGCUGCUGGUGGUGACGCGCAGCCCCUUCAACGCCUGCGUACUCACCGGCAGCCUCUACGUCCUGCUGCGGCUCUUCAGCUUCGAGCCGGUGCCGUCCCGCCGGGUCCUGCAGGUGCUCAAGCCCCGUGACCGCGUGUCUGCCAUCGCCCACCGCGGCGGCAGCCACGACGCGCCCGAGAACACGCUGGCGGCCAUCCGGCAGGCAGCUAAGAAUGGAGCAGCAGGUGUGGAGCUGGACAUCGAAUUUACCUCUGACGGAGUUCCUGUCUUGAUGCACGAUAACACAGUAGAUAGGACAACAGACGGGUCUGGCCGACUAUGUGAUCUGACAUUUGAACAAAUUAGGAAACUUAACCCUGCAGCAAAUCACAGACUCAGAAAUGAGUUCCCUAAUGAAAAGAUCCCUACCCUGAAGGAAGCCGUGACAGAGUGCCUCAGCCACAACCUCACAAUCUUCUUUGAUGUCAAAGGCCAUGCGGAUAUGGCUUCUGCUGCUCUCAAGAAUAUAUACACGGAAUUUCCACAGCUGUACAAUAACAGUAUGGUCUGCUCAUUCUUGCCGGAAGUCAUCUAUAAGAUGAGAAAAGUGGAUCAGAAAGUAAUAACAGCCCUAACUCACAGGCCUUGGAGCCUGAGCCAUACUGGAGACGGGAAGCCUCGCUACACUGUCUUUUGGAAGCAGUCCUUGUUUGUGGUGUUGGACAUCUUGCUUGACUGGAGCAUGCACAAUGUCUUGUGGUACCUCUGUGGCAUCUCAGCCUUCCUCAUGCAGAAGGAUUUUGUCUCCCCGGACUAUUUGAAGAAGUGGUCAGCUAAAGGAAUCCAAGUUGUUAGUUGGACUGUCAACACCUUUGAUGAAAAGAAUUACUACGAGUCCCAUCUUGGGUCCAGCUACAUCACUGACAGCAUGCUAGAAGACUGUGCACCUCACUUCUAGACUCCCGGGGAGGAAACUCUAUUGCAAAACUGCCUGGAGGCCUCUUGCAGAGACAUCAGAACAUUCUGUUAGCACAAGCCCUGGGGUCCUGUGGCUCACACUAGCAAUAGUCGUAUUUUCACCCCAACAAGCUGAAGCCAGGUGUGGCCACCGUGCUCCAGGGAAGGCUCAACACAGUGCCCUUAAAAAUCUGGAUCUGCAAAAAGGCAGGGCGGCCCUGCCCCAACCCCGCUUAGGGUACAGAGCCAUGAGGAUGAGCAGAGUGGGUCCUGCAGUCAGGACACAGGCACCAAUGCAUGGGGCUUGCACGAUCACUCCCAGUUGACACUUUAAAUCUUGCCAUACUUCAGUAAUGCACUUAUUUCCAAUAUUUGUCGUCAGCUCUGUUAACGGCGACCUGUAGGUGUCAAACUUGUGACCAUACUAAUAAAAUCAUUGAAAGGUGAGCAGAGGGCAAACUGUGUACCAAGCCUUUGGUCCUAAAGUGUUGUGUGUGGGGAGGCUGCUCCGCAAACUGGAGGCCUCACCUGCUUUAGUCCCAGUGCAGAGGAAGCCUUGAGCACCCUGAGGAAUUCUUGGUGGCAUCGUAGCAUAAGCACUUCUGGCCACCAGGGGGCAGAGCGGCGGCUUGCCUGGGAUCUCAAGCACACACUGGUUCUUAAUCAAAUGGAGCUGGAGGGUGCUUCUGAGGAUCUGGGGCUGCUCUUCAUUUCUCACCUGAGGAAGCACAGACCAAUGGGCAGGGAGCAAAGCCUCAAAACAGUGGGGGCUACGCUCUCAGACCCAUCUCAGGGGAACUACUGUUCCUUUUUUGCUCUAGGCUAGGAACUAAAUGAGGCAUAUAUGCACAGUCAUCUGCGACCCUCCAAAAAAGCUUAUGGGUGUGUUAGCAUCGUCUUUAUUCAUGAGGAAGUAGAGACACCACAGAGUUAGUUACAUACCUGAGUCCAUAAUACAGUCGACAGCCAGUAUCCAAUUCCAGGUGAUCUGGACCUCACCAUCCCCACAUGAACAAAUGGCUUUUAUUGUGAA